AUGGCCGAGCGACUGGAACGCUUCUUCAACUCAACCGUAUUCUUCUUCUUCGCCGUGAUUCUCCUCUGCCUCAUCCUCCUCACCCCAGUCGACGCCAUCUACCAAUGCUACGAAACGAACCGCCUCACCAACAUCUUCUUCAUCACUGGCGCGUAUGUCGCCACCUUCUUUCUUGCAGUCCUCAUAUACGCGACUCGAAUGUACACCAACCGAAGUACUUUGAACGGGAUCCCAAAAGCAUGGAUCCCUAUUGAAAAGGAAGAUGUGAAUAAGAGCGUGAGGCGCCUAGUCAUGGAAGGACUAGCUCGCAGUGCAGUCAUUUCAUAUCAAGCGCGGCCGCGUAAUACUUCAGAUGAAGUGGAUAGCUUCGAAAACUACCAAAACCUUUUGGUCGACCCCGUACAUCCGCCAUGGGGUCAUGUCGAGCAUCCUGGCUGGUCGUCGCCAGCGUCACCAGACUUGCCCGACCUCCCAUACCGCACAGUCAUUCAGGAAUUGCCGAACCUGAUUGAAGCAAAAGCAGUCUCACUUGCGCCUGCCGAUAUGUUAGCAUCUGCCUCUCUAGAUCCAUUCCCAGAUACACGCGUGGUGGAAGUUCUACAGCGAUCGGCUUCCAUGGGCUUACGGCAAUAUGUCAAGCAUCUCACUUCUCUGGGAGCUAUUGACCCGCCUGAAUUGGGGGGAGAAUUCCUAGUGCUCUACGAACGCGCGCGGUUUUCUUCACAUGAGCUGUCAGAGUCGGAGUUCCGAGAUCUCAUGCAUCUUUUCGCAGAAAUCUUAAGAGGAAUGACGUCUCUCACCACACCCGUCCUCGAUGAGAUCCGCGAUAGUGCAAGCUUCCGUCGUGCAGACAGCGAAUCUUUCAUCGGAUCUUCAGAUGAAGAAGGAGAAACGGACACCGUCGACCACUAUGGGUACGACAGUCCCUUUACCCUGAUGCGGACCAACAGUCUGCGGCCAUCCAAUGCCUCUACCUGGGAGACUCGGUCCGGUUUCGAAACAGCACCUGCAACACAGAGUCCUGCAUCGACCCGAUCACCUGGUGGGGGAUACUUUGCGCGGGGUCCCCUUCGCACGCCGUCGACACGGUCGCUCCGACGCGUACAAUCCGUCCACUCUGGGAGUUCGGGAGGAAGUGUCAUUCGGUUGACGCAGACUCGAAGCCCAACGGAUCUACCAUAUACAUUCAACUACGCUGGUCGUAGGAACUGA